AUGAAACAUCAGAGUCAAGCUAGCAAAGAGAUCCUCAUCAAAGCAGUUCUCCAAUCCAUCCCAACCUAUAGCAUGGGAGUCUUUAAACUACCUAAAGCCAUAGAUGAGGAGCUGAACAAACUAACCAGACAAUAUUGGUGGGUUCAGCAAGAGAACAAAGGCAGGAUCAAUUGGUGUCCUUGGAACCAAAUGAAAAGCUCAAAAAUUAUUGGUGGCCUAGGAUCUAGGGACUUGGAAUUCUUCAACAUGGCUAUGUUAGCAAAACAGGGAUGGAGAUUGGUCCAAAAUUCUGGAUCACUAGCAGCCAAGAUUAUUUCUACCAAAUACUACCCCAAUGGGAACUUCCUUCAAGCAACAAUCAAAAGGAUUGCCUCUUACAUUUGGAGAAGCAUCCAUUAUGCAGAGGCUCUACUGGAAACAGGCUUAAUGUGGCACAUUGGAAAUGGAAGAAGAACCAGAAUAUAG